AGAUCUCCGUUGAUGUUCAUUCAUCUGCAUGGAUAAACAAAAACAAACUUUGUGCCAGUUUACAGAACACCUUUGCUGCAUCCAAUGCGUUUACAAUUUUUGUUGUUACAUAGUAAAACUUUACCAAUUCGAUGAUCCCGAGUGAUAGAUAAGCAGUACAACCGAAAUGUAUGAAGAAUCAAACACCCUCUGCCGGCUAUGUUUGAGCGAAGAAACUCUCGACGGUAUUUUUGCGGAAAAAAGCUGCAAUCAAUGGAUAUUGGAUUACCUCUCGAUACAGAUAAAUUCCAACGAUCAAAUGAGUCAAGUAAUUUGUACUAUCUGCCACCUAAGAUUAGCCGAGUUCCAUGAGUUCCGAAUCCGUUGUCUGGAGGUGCAAGAAGUACUCCAAACAUUACUCGAAGAGUCUGCCAACCAACCGACAGAAGAGGACGUGCAAGAAUCAGUUGAGAUUACAAGCAACCAAUCUACAAUAGAAGAAAUGCUAGAAGUAUACCAAAUUAAGUCUGAAGAAUCAAGUAAUCAAUCGCUUAUAGAAGAAGUACAAGAAGCACUUCAAGAUAAACUUGAAGAACCUAAUAACCAAUCGACUCUAGAAAAAUUACAAGAUGUACUCCAAGCUGACUAUGAAAAGCCUGUAAAACCAAAUAACCAAUCGACUCUAGAAGAAAUGCUAGAAGUACUCCCAGCUAAACAUGAAAAGCCUAUCAACCAAACGACAGAAGAAUCAAAAAGAUCAGUCUCCUUAGAGUGCACCAAAUGUUCCAAAGUGUUCACAAACAGGAAACAGCUAUAUAAUCACAGGCAAUACCAUAGACUCAAACAUAAGGACUUCUCUGGACAAUUCCAGUGUGAUAUAUGUCAAAAGAUAUAUGGAACAAGGAAACAAUUACUCGAUCACAGGAGGUAUCACAUAUUAAAAAACCACGCUUGUAUAUACUGUCAAAAAUGCUUUGACAGAGGAGCACGUAUGCGCACCCAUAUGAAAGUAUGUGCCCUGCGCACGAAGAAAAAAAUAAAAGAACUCGAAGAAAAUGCUUUCAACAAUGAGGAAUACACAUGGGAAUUGCUGCAAAUAAUGGAGGAUGAGGAAAGCAGUUCCAGUAUCGAGGUAUUGCCGCAUACGGCUGAAGCUGACCAGGAUUCGGAAUCGGAUGAGAGUGAAACCUAUGAAAUUGUUGUUUAUACAGAGAAUUUUGAAGAGCAGGAAACGUCAGAAACACCGAAAUCAGCGAAGUGAUAAAAGUGUAUGCCAUAGGAUGAAUCACUAUAAAAUUGUGAUAGGAAGCCAAUCAACUGGCGUUCAAGUGAAGGAAGAAGAGCAAAUUGAUUCUUUCACAAAAUGACCUGUAAAAAUUGAACUGUGAAGCUGAUUAAAGGCUUGUUUGUUUUUUAACACAAUAUUAACAGUUAAAUAUUGUGUUAAUAUUUAACACAAUUUAA